AUGAUUUGGUUACUAUUCCUGCUCUCCAUCCUGGAUGGAGCGGUCUCUCAGCUGCACUACUCCGUGCCAGAGGAGCAGGAACCUGGCUCUGUGGUUGGGAAUAUUGCAGAGGAUUUGGGGCUGGACAUUACCAAACUUUCCGCUCGCCGCUUUCAGACGGUGCCUAGUUCACGGACACCUUAUCUGGAGGUGAACUUAGAGAACGGAGCACUCGUGGUGAAGGAAAAAAUUGACCGAGAAGAAAUCUGUAAGCAGACCAUCCCGUGCCUAUUGCACCUGGAGGUGUUUCUGGAGAACCCACUGGAGCUCUUUCGCGUGGAGAUCGAGGUGAUGGAUAUCAACGACAAUCCACCCAGCUUUCCCGAGACGGACAUUUCCGUGGAGAUAUCGGAGAGCGCCAUCCCCGGGACCCGUUUCCCUGUGGAGAAUGCCUUUGACCCUGACGUAGGCACAAACGCGCUCAGCACAUAUGCCAUAACGAAUAAUAACUAUUUUUACCUUGACGUGCAGACGCAGAGCGACGGGAACAAGUUCGCAGAGCUGGUGCUGGAGAAGCCGCUGGACCGGGAGCAGCAGGCGGUGCACCGCUAUGUGCUGACGGCUGUGGAUGGCGGCAUCCCGCAGCGGACCGGGACGGCUCUCCUGGUCGUUAAAGUUCUCGACUCUAAUGACAACGCGCCCACCUUUGACCAGUCUGUGUACUCUGUUAACCUGCGGGAAAACUCUCCGGUGGGCACUCUGAUCAUUCAGCUCAACGCCACGGAUGUGGACGAGGGACAGAACGGGGAAAUCGUUUAUUCUUUCAGCAGUCAUAACGCGCCGCGGAUAAAGGACUUAUUCGACAUUGACGCCAGAACAGGUAGGAUCGAGGUGGCGGGUGAGGUGGACUUUGAAGAGAGCAACACGCAUCAGAUUUAUGUCCAAGCUAAGGAUUUGGGGGCGAAUGCGGUCCCCGCGCACUGUAAAGUGCUGGUCAAACUCGUAGACGUGAACGACAACACACCAGAGAUCGGGUUCAGUACUGUGACUGAAUCCGUGAGCGAGCAGGACGCCCCGGGCACCGUGAUCGCACUUUUUAGCGUCUCAGACCGGGACUCUGGUGAGAAUGGACACAUGAGCUGCGAGAUACUGGGAGACGUUCCUUUCAAGCUGAAGUCGUCUUUUAAAAACUACUACACCAUCGUGACAGACGGACCGCUGGACAGAGAGAACACAGACUCCUACACAAUAACCGUGGUGGCCAAAGAUAAGGGUCAGCCUUCGCUCGCCACCAGCAAGUCCAUUAAAGUGCACGUCUCCGAUGAGAAUGACAAUGCGCCUCGUUUUACGCAGGCUGUUUACGAUGUUUAUGUGACUGAGAAUAAUGUGCCCGGUGCUUUCAUUCACGCCGUGAGUGCUCUGGACCCCGAUGUAGGACAAAACGCUCUUAUUACCUACUCCAUAUUGGAGUGUGACAUACAGGGCAUGUCUGUAGACACGUAUGUGUCCAUAAACCAGGACACCGGCUACCUUUACGCGCUACGCUCUUUUGAUUACGAGCAGCUGAAGGAGUUUGGCUUCAUGGUCCAGGCGAAAGACUCUGGUGCGGCGGAGCUAUUCUCUAAUACCACUGUAAAUGUGAUCAUAGUUGACCAAAAUGACAACGCUCCCACCGUCAUAGCCCCCAUCGGAAAAAACGGCACAGCCAAAGAGCACCUGCCGCGCUCUGCGGAGCCCGGCUACUUGGUGACGCGCAUCGUGGCUAUGGAUGCGGAUGAUGGCGAGAACGCACGGCUGUCCUACAGCAUCCUGCGGGGCAACGAGAUGGGGAUGUUCCGCAUGGACUGGAGGACAGGGGAGCUGAGGACAGCCCGUAGGAUCUCUCCUAAGCGUGACCCGCAGGGCUUCUACGACCUGCUGAUCGAAGUCAGGGACCACGGGCAGCCCCCCCUCUCCUCCUCCGCGAGUGUGAGUGUGAUGUUAGUGGACAGCGUGGUCGAAGGCCGUAGUGGGGAUCGAGGAUCGGCCUCCAAGGCAAAGGAGACCUCCCUUGACCUCACCCUAAUUCUCAUUAUCGCCUUGGGCUCCGUGUCUUUCAUCUUCCUCCUGGCUAUGAUCGUGCUGGCCGUGCGCUGCCAAAAGGACAAGAAGCUCAACCUGUACACGUGCCUGCUCUCCGGUGACUGCUGCCUGUGCUGUAGCUCGUGCUGUAGCAGGCAUGCUCGAGGGCGGAAACAGAAGAAGCUUAGUAAAUCUGACAUCAUGUUAGUUCAGAGCACCAACGUGACGUCAGGGGUCGGGCCAGUGGGGCAGGUGCCCGUGGAGGAGUCCGGUGUGGGCGGAGUGGGAGGGGGCUUCGGCUCCCACCACCACCAGAACCAGAACUCCUACUGCUACCAGGUGUGUCUGACACCGGAGUCCGCCAAAACGGAUCUGAUGUUCCUCAAACCGUGCAGCCCCUCCCGCAGCACUGACACGGAUCACACCAACCCCUGCGGCGCCAUUGUCACGGGUUACAGUGACCAACAACCGGACAUCAUAUCCAAUGGCACUAUUCUGUCUAACGAGACAAAACACCAACGAGCAGAACUCAGCUAUCUGGUGGACAGACCCAGACGUGUCAACAGCUCGGCAUUCCAAGAGGCAGACAUCGUUAGCUCCAAAGACAGUGGUCACGGUGACAGUGAACAGGGCGACAGUGACCACGAUGCCACCAACCGGGGUCAUUCAGCCGGCGCUGACCUGUUCUCCAACUGCACGGAGGAGUGCAAGGCCCUGGGCCACUCCGACCGCUGCUGGAUGCCAUCCUUUGUGCCAUCCGACGGGCGGCAGGGCCCGGACUACCGCAGCAACCUACACGUCCCCGGCAUGGAUGCCACCCUGCCCGACACUGAGGUACCCUCCUCCGUCGACCUCUCCGACCAACUGACCAUGACCUCAACCACUGCCUCGUCCACCGAUAGGUCAUUCUCCACCUUUGGCAAGGAUGGUCAAAGGUCACAGUCACACCACAGCCUUCACCAUCACCUCCAUCAGCAACAGCAGCAGUACAGCUCCAGCACGCUAGAGAGGAAAGAGUAUGAUAGGGGGACCCUACCGUACAAACCUACCUUUCUCUCCCGCAAAAGGAUUUGUUAGCUCGUUCCAUGUGGACCUUUCGGAGACGGCGUGAAUUUCUGUGCUAGGCCACCCACACUGAUGCUGGAGACAGC